CUCCUUCGCAAAGGCCAUGGCGCAGAACACAGCUCGUCUGCUGCAGAACCAAAAGCAAGCUCUAAAACAAAUCGGUGCCGCGGGUCUGAAACAGAAUCGGAUGGAAGCUCGGAAGAAAAUGCAGGCAAAGGCAGGACAAAUGGCGCACUCCUCAUCCUUCGCGAAUGCUAUGAAACACAACGUCGCCCGAAUGGUGCAGAACCAGCAGGCUGAAACGAAAGCAACCGUAACACGACAGCAUCAAGUGGAAAACAAGCCGUCCUUCACGAAAGCUGUAAGUCAACACUUCGCCGCUUCGCACGCGUUCGCCGACGCAGCCAAGGCCUUCGCACGGAAGACGGAAACCGAGAAGAAAGUGGAGCAGAAAAAAGUCGCUGUCCGCACGAAUGACGGAGAUACUACAUCGCAUGCCCCCAGUUCUUUUGCGGCGUCGAUGAGGCAAAAUCUGAAAUCGCUAACAAGCGAGCAAAUGCAGACCGCCUCUACCUCUUCCGCAGCUGCUACAACAAAAACUCGUCCCUUCCCCGGGCAGAUCCAAUCGAAAAAGCCGCCGCGCGCCGUGCUCGCAGUCACAUCCUCCAGUAGUGACGACAAAGACGCAGACGCCCUUGUGGACGCCAUUGUCGGGGAUAUCGUCUGAGUACUCAUCGUGUUAGCUCUUCUUUUCCGGAUGGUAUGGUCUUGAUGAAUUGUUUUCCAGGAAGCUGCUUCGAUGCAGUGAAAUACAAAAUCAUCCAUGACAGCAGUUGUCUCAC